AUGGCCUUCGCUGCCGGCACCACGUUUUUGGCGGCGGGCGCCGCUGGCGGGGCCGUGUUGGAGCCCGCCCACGCGCCGCCCCGCGGCGCCGCCGUGCGCCCCGCGGCGCCCGAGGGGCCUGGGCCCCAGGGAGGCGCCCUCGCCCUCGCCACGGCCGGCGCCGCGCUGGCGCUGCGGGCCGCGUCUCGCAAGUCCGCGGGGAGGCCCCGGGCCGCCGUGGUGGCGAGGCGCGCCAAGGACCACGUCAACCUCGGCACGGUGGGCCACGUGGACCACGGCAAGACGACCCUGUCGGCGGCGAUCUCGGUGGUGUGCUCGCAGUUCAACACGAGCACGGACACCAAGAUGAAGUCGUACGAGGAGAUUGACAACGCCCCCGAGGAGAGGGCCCGCGGGAUCACGAUCAACGCCUCGCACAUCGAGUACGAGACGCCGACGCGCCACUACUGCCACGUGGACUGCCCUGGCCACGCGGACUACGUCAAGAACAUGAUCACGGGCGCCUGCCAGAUGGACGGCGGCAUCCUCGUGAUCUCGUCUCCCGACGGGCCCAUGGCCCAGACCCGCGAGCACAUCCUGCUCUCGAAGCAGGUGGGCGUGCCCAAGCUCGUCUGCUUCAUGAACAAGGUGGACGUGAUGGACGACGAGGAGCUGCUUGAGCUCGUCGAGCUUGAGACCCGAGAGAUGCUGAGCCAGUACGGCUUCCCUGGCGAUGACGUGCCUUUCGUCCAGGGCUCCGCGCUGCAGGCGCUCGAGGCCAUGAAGGCGAACCCCAACACCAAGCGCGGCGACGACAAGUGGUGCGACAAGAUCCUGGAGCUCAUGGACACGGUGGACGAGUACAUCGACCUCCCCGAGCGCCAGACCGACAAGCCCUUCCUGCUGGCCGUCGAGGACGUGUUCUCCAUCUCGGGCCGCGGCACGGUGGCCACCGGCCGCGUGGAGCAGGGCGUCGUGAAGAAGGGCGACGAGGUCGAGAUCCUGGGCAGGGGCAAGAAGGCACAGAAGUCCGUCGUUACUGGGAUCAGGAUGUUCAACACCGACCUCCCCGAGGGCCCGGCGGGCUACACCGUCGGCGUGCUGUGCCGCGGCGUGUCGCGCGACGACAUCUCCCGCGGGCAGGUCAUCUGCGCCCCGGGCGCCACCAAGACGCACACCAAGUUCAAGGCCAACAUCUACCUGUCCAGCAAGGACGAGGGGGGCCGCAGCAACCCGAUCAUGCCCGGCUACAUGCCCGUCUUCUACUUCCGCACUUGCGACGUCACUGGGAAGAUGGUGACCAUGGCGAGCUCCGAGGGGAAUGCGGUGCAGAUGGCGAUGCCCGGCGACGACGUCACGAUCGAGGGCGAGCUGAUCGCCGCCACCCCGAUCGAGACGGGCAUGCGUUUCGCCAUGCGCGAGGGCGGCAAGACCAUCGGUCAGGGCCUGAUCACCGAGGUGUCGGCCGAGCUGCGGCUCUGCUGGCCCGUGCGGGGAAGACUGGCAGCGGGAAGGACGGUUCCUGGGGACGCUCCGUUCAGUGCCUGCGGCGCGUUGGCGGAUUCGGGCUUCUCUUGGAGCGAGAUACUUUCGAGGAGAAGCAAGCAUGGGGAAUGGAGGAACAUAGAUCCGGCGGUCGUGUCGGUGGGCAUCGACCGGUUGUUCCUGUUCAGGAUCCUGCGAUGCAUGCCAUGCCUGGGUGGCACGAGGGAUAGGAGUACGGAUUGCCUCGACCUUCGGCAGGGGGCCUGGCACGGGAAGGUCGGGCGGCCCAUCUACUGCAUCAUGCACGAGACGGUGCUGGUGGCCUGCCUCUGCUCGCCCCAAGCGAGGAGCGACACCGCGCAGAGGAUCAAGAGCUCGGGCCGGUCCUGCUUCUACAGGCAGAUGGACACCGAGCACCUGCUGGUCGUCAUUGAGGGCGCGGGCGAGGAGGCGAGCAAGAGAGCCGCGCUCCUGUCUUCGCAGCUGACGGGUGUCCGCUGGCUCACGCUGGAUGCCUGGCGCGGCAGGGCCCGCGCGGGCGGCGCCCCGGCGAGUCGCGCGGCGGUGGCCGCCAGCCACGGGCCGAGAACUUCCCUCCGCGACAGCCAGCCCCGGCCACCGGGCAAGUCCAAGGCAGCUGGCGCGCCCUUCGCCGCCGCGCCGCGGUCUGCGGGCGCAGAGGCCCUCCCCGCGGCCGCCGCCGGCCGCCCCCUCGGCACGCGGGUCCUGCCGAGCGGCAAGGCGUUCUCCAGCGGGGCCGCGCCGCGGGAGGGCGCCCCGCGGACUCGGGCAGAGGCCCCCUGCAGCUGGCCGCGGGGCAAGGCCCUGCUGAUCCGGGAGGGCUGGGCGCCCGACGAGGCGGAGGGCUUCACCGUGGUGGAGGGCAGCAGGCCGGGCAGGCGCGGCGGCCGCAGGGCCCCGCACGCCGUGGUGCUGCCGGAGGCGCGCCGCCCGGAGGAGGGCACCAGCGUCUGGACCGAGGCGGAGCUGGCGUCGCUGGUCGCCAAGGUGCGCGGGCGGGAGGCCGAGGUGGCCGCAAGGCCGGCCGCCCCCCCAAUCCAAUACCGAUCUGCCCCCGCCGUUUGCGCGCGCGCGCGCUGA